AGGACGUGUGAAGGGGUGGGGGGUGGGGGUGUAAAGGGGGGGAUCGGGAUUCCUAAGGAUUACCCGUCAUGCCCCGCGGGUAAAGAUGGCGACAGCUGAGCAGGGCAGCAGAUCAACUUUCUCCGAGCGGCGCUGAGUGGAUUUUCUUCCGUCGGUCGGAGCGUCUCAGCCGGCUGCUUCUCCUCCCUCCUCCCGCCGCCGCCGCCGCCGCCUCCCCGCUCCGGAUCUCCUCCUCAGCCGGACCACCUCGCUCCUCCCCGGCCUCGGAUCGGUUCGGAGCCCCCCCUCCCUCCUCCUUCUCUCCUCGCCCCACCGGAGGAGCAGAGCGGAGCUCCGGCUAAAGUUUCCUCUCCUCUCCGCCCUCCGGGACUUGUUUGUGGAGGCAACUGGGACCGAGCGGCGCCGUCCGGCCUCACAGGUUGAGUCUCAGAGGAGGACUGAGUGUGAGGACGGACACCGCAGAGACGAUGAAGAGUUUCCUGUGCUGACAUACGAGGUGUUUCAGGUGUUUCAGUGGAUGAAGUCAGCUGUGGAGAAGAGAAGCUCACCUUUCAGGACUGACAGACGAUAGAGAGGAAGGAAGUAGGGCCCAGGAUGACGAGUGCGGCCCCGGCCAGGAAGCCGUACCGUAAGGCUCCGCCGCAGCACCGUGAGAUCCGCCACACCCUGCCCGUUGCUCCACCUCCACCUGCGCCGCAGCCCGACAUAAAUCAGGAGGUGUUAUCAGACUCUGACAGGAUCAGAAUCCUCCAGCAGCAGAAUGAGGACCUGCAGCGCCGCCUCUCCCUCUCCACCCACAAGAUGGAGGCCAUGGAGGCGGAGUUUGACGGCAGCCGUCACUACAUGGAGGCGGAGCUCAGCCGGACCAGAGACGACCUGGACAAGAUGAGGGACAAGUUCCGCAGACUCCAGAACAGCUACACGGCGUCUCAGAGAGCCAAUCAGGACCUGGAGGAGAAGCUUCACGCUCUGCUACGGAAGGUGGAGAGGGACAAGAAGACAAUGGACCAGGAGAUUGUGGAGCUCACCAACAAGCUGCUGGAUGCCAAGAACACCAUCGACCGUCUGGAGGAGCUCAACGAGCGUUACAGGCAGGACUGUAAUCUGGCCGUCCAGCUGCUAAAAUGCAACAAGUCACAUUUCAGGAACCACAAGUUCGCCGAUCUGCCCUACGAGCUGCAGGACAUGCUGAACAAACACAUGAAGAGCAGCCUUCCGGAGCGAGGCCCCGCCCCUGGCUCUCAGGACCCGGACACACUCAGUUUGACUCCCGCUGACGUCGUGCCGACAUCCGUCAUCGCCCGUGUCCUGGAGAAACCUGAGCCGCUGGUCCUGAAUUCGGCCCAGUCCAGCAGCUGUGGCCGACCUGUUGCAGAGGACGUCUUCGUGCACGUGGACAUGACGGGUCCCGCUGCUGCCGAGGCCCGAAGCCGGGAGAACGGCGCACAGGAGGCGGCGCAGCAGAAUGGUUCCUGCCGCAGUCAGAGCAGUCUGGACGGGCAGUCUGGUGGCGAGGAGGCAGGUGGGGCUCCGUCCUUUGAGAAGUUGAACCCUUACCCAGCACCACCACCUCCGCACCCUCUCUACCCCGGCCGCAAGGUCAUUGAAUUCUCUUCUGAUGACAAAGUGAAGAUCCCCAAAAACUCACCGCUGCCCAACUGCACCUACGCCACACGGCAGGCCAUCUCUCUGAGCCUCGUCCAGAAUGACGAUGAGCGUCUGGCCCCCGGCAGCCCUGCUCCCUCCUCCUCCUCUGGCGGAGGGGUCCAUCAUCGCACACCGCCGUCACAGCGGGACGUUGCCAGCGAGCCACUGUCCAGCCAGUCCAGCCCAUUCAGCAGCCCGCCACAGGCCCCCAGCGUCCUGGCGAGCUCCGGCAGCUCGGAGGAGGACCUGCUGGCCAACUGGCAGCGGAUGUUUGUGGAGAAGAUGGCGCCGACAUGCGACGGUUCAAUGGUUCAUCGCACGGCAUUCAGCAGUCAGACGGCUCAGGAGCUACAGAGGAGGAGGCCGACGCCAGGGGGCGGGACUUCCUCCUCUUCUGACCGCCACAGAGCAGCGUACUCGGACGGUGAAGAGGGCUCAUCGGCGCGGAGCUGGACGCCGAGCCGUGGCUCCAGCCUCGACACUGACACCGACACCGAGCCUCGACCCGGCAGGAGGGGGCGCUUUGGCGGCGACGGCUCCACGGAGGAGGGCGAGAGGCUGCUGAUGAACUUGGAGGACGACUGUGGCAGCGGGGACACGGCGGUCACUGUGGCGACCAGCCCUGCCGACACCCAUAGGAAGGAGUUAGAGGAGGAGGAGGAGGAGGAGGAGGAAAGUUCCACUGAGGAGAGAGACGUUCUCCCCCACGACCUGCCCGUCAUCUCGCCCCGCCUCCUGGACUACGACCCCGCCCUCGCCGCCACCGCCGCCCCGCAGCGUCCACAGAAGAGCCCGAAGAGGAUGGGCGUGCACCACCUGCACCGCAAAGACAGCCUGACCCGAGCCCAGGAGCAAGGCACACUGCUGGACUGACCCCGCCCCCCUCCACACUGUCUGUUCCCAUGGCAACUGACUUGUCUGUCACAGAGGUCAGAGGUCACGCCCAUCCAGGAUAUAGCCAUGCUCUACCGUAUGCUGCCGAGCUCCGUGUGUGUGUGUGUGUUUGCGUGUGCGUGUGUGUCAGACCGAUCAGUUGUGAUAUUGAUCAGCUGAUAAUCAGCUGAUCGUCAACUUAUCACAAAUUCAACAAUGAUAAAAUCAAACUUUUAUUUUUAUGUAAUCAAAAUAAAUUCCAACAGUAUUUUUAUUUUCUUCCAUUCGUCACAUUUUUAUUGAUUAUUAUUAAUCAAUCACAUUAAUCUGAAAAUCACUGACACGCUCUGUGGCCAAAAGUUUGUGGACGUCCUGUGAUACAAGAGGCAACUGAAACUUUUUUUUUUUUUUUUUACUGAGUUUGUCAAAAACUGACGCAGAAAACAAAAUUAGAUUAAAGUGACUCAUUUAUUUACUUAAAACCACAUUUUAACUGUGAUGGAACAGAAAGUAAAAUUAAAGCUGCAGCAGCGACGAACGGACCCUUGCACCUCUGCAACUGGUGCUGUCAGGAUGUGUCUGAAAAUAUGUACUUCCUGUUGCCAGUAGUUGUCAAUAAGGCACACGCUGGUUUUGCAGUCGAUCCGAUUGAUUCUAAAGGAGAAGUUUGUUAAAACACAACACGUAGGAAAUUCAAAAUGGCUGACUUCCUGUUGGGUUUAGGCAAGAGGCUUUGUUGUGCGUCAAGGCGUGUGUUUUGGCGAAAUGUCGACCUGCGCUGCACCACCGCAGCGACACGCUUUGAUGAAAACCUUAUGGCUUUUUUUGACCAGAUUUUAAGUGGAUCUGGUCAACUUUGUAGGAGAUAAAACAUGUCGUUUCCUGUUGCCAGUAGGGGGCGCUAUAUUUAUCACUAAUUCAGUUCAGUUUCAGUUUUGUUGUUACUUAAUGAGGGGCAGCUUGUGUAGGGAGUUAAUUUCCCUGAUGGCCUGAGGGAAGAAACUGUUGCACUGGUGGAUCUGGCCCUGAUACUUGGUAGCCUCCUACCAGAGGGCAGGAGCACAGAGAGGUGGUGGGACGGGUGAGAGGGGUCCAGCUUGAUGCUUGUGGCCUUUCUGACACAUCUGUCUUUGGAGAUGUCUGCUGGGGCUGGUGGGGCGCCGAUGAUCUUCUCUGCUGCCCUAACUACUCUUUGCAGGGUUUUCUUAUCUGCUGCAGAGCAGUUGCCAAACCAGACAGUGAUGCAGUGGGUCAUGUGCUUUCUAUUGUCCCUCUGUAGGAUUUUGUCAUGAUUGACGGAGGGGAUUUGGCAGAGCAGUCAUGUGUCAGUAGUGUGAACAGGGGGGAGCACACGGCCCUGGGGGGAGCCGGUGUUCAGUGUGAUGCUGCGAGAUGUUCUCUUUCCUAUUCUAACUGACUGUGGCCUGCCUGUAAGAAAGUCCAGUAUCCAGUUGCAGAGUGGUGUGUUGAAGCCCAGAGUGUUCAGCUUCUCUGUGAGUUGUUGUGGAGUGAUGGUGUUGAAUGCGGAGCUGAAAUCAAUGAAUAACAUUCUGACAUGUGCAUUUUUUUGUUCUAGAUGUGUGAGUGCCACAUGUAGAGCGCUGGAUACAGCGUCCUCAGCAGAUCUGUUUGCACCAUAUGCAUAUUGAUGGGGAUCAAGGUUUGGAGGCAGGAGGGUUCUGAUACGCUGCAUGACUAGCCUCUCAAAGCAUUUCAUGAAGAUGGGGGUCAGAGCUUUGGGGGCGGAGUCAUUCAAGCGUGACACAGAGGCGGAUUUGAGGCAUUCUGGGACAACAGUCUGGAGCAGAGAUGUCUGUAAAAACAUCUUUGAGCUGGUCAGCACAGUCUCUAAGGACCCGACCAGGUAUGUUGUCUGGCCCAGCAGCACAUGUAGAUGUGUUCAGGGCAGGACUGUCAUCAAUCCUGUGAAGUCUGGGGAAGAUUGGACCAUGUAUGCAGGAGUUUUAAACUACUUCCUGUUUCAUGGCGAAACUGAAGUUUGACGCCUCGCCAUUGUCACAUGAAUUGACAACAAGUCAAGCUUAUAAUAACUUUUCAUCUUUAGAUGGUACACACCAAAUUUGAAGUCGAUAUGAUCAAAUCUGUAGGAGGAGUUCGUUAAAGCACGACUCCUGGAAAUGCACCAGAAUUACACUGUAAAUUCAAAAUGGCCGACUUCCUGUUGGGUUUAGAGGAUGGCUCCAAAAGACUUUUUCGUACGUCUGAGCACGCUCCAUACGCAUGCCAAACUGUUUGUCUACGUGAAAGUUAAAGGUUGGGGAUUAGGGGGCGCUGUUGAACCAAAGUGCCCAAACUUUAAAACCAAUGUUCCCUAGGAUUCAAAGUUUCAUGACUUUUUGAGCGUCCCCAAAAAUAUGCUCAAAGACUACAAAUAAAAAUCGGAAUAAUAAGAAUUCCUUAAAUUUCAUGAGGGUCCUCGCCGCCGCCUGCGCUUGGCGCUCGAGUCCUAAUUAAACGGUUAGAUUAAUAAAUACAAACGUUUUUCUCCAAAUCCUCAAAGACUUGAACAGGGUUUGGUUGAUGGUGGCGUCCACUUACUUUUGACCACAUAGAGUCCAUGAUCAGACGUCUGUACACCAAGAUGAACUACACGGCCAAAAGUUUGUGGACGGCUGAUUAGAUUAAAUUCUGAAUUAUGUAAUCAGUAUUAUAAUCAAUGUUAGAAAACCGAUCCUUUGUGUGUGUGUGUGUGUGUGUGUGUGUGUGUGUGUGUUUUGGAUUGUUUGUUAGAGAAGAAGAAAAAAAAAGAAGCUAAAAACUUUUUGGACGUCUUUGCCUUGUUUCCUGACCUGGAGCUUUUAUUUUGAAGAAAACAUAUAAGACACACCUGGAUGCGCGCACACACACACACACACACACACACACACACACACACACACACACACACACACUCGGACUCGGACUCUCAGUGCCUAUCACUCUCUCUGGGAGGUUGCGAGUACGACGCCAGGCCUGCUGGAGGUCAGACUUUUAUUUUCUUCACUAAUCACUUCCUGUCAUGGUGUGUUUUUAUUUAGUCACCUGACUGGUCUGUCGGGGCGUUUAACCUUUGACCCUGGCUGACCUACACCCCCCCGCCCCUCCCUUAACGCUGUACGUGCAGGGGGGUGGGGCCAGGGGGCGGAGCAUGUCCCACCUGGAAUGUAACCAUUCAGUUUGUUUGUUUGUUGUCUUUGUUUUGGGGUAUAGAUCCAUUAUUAAGAGAUUAUUUUAUUAUGUUUAUGUUUGAUUUGUUUUGUUGUUUUUAUGUUCGGACGUUCUCACGCUGCUACGGAAGCCCGUUAGUUCCAGAAACAUGGGUGGGCACUGAAAAUGACUUUUAUUUUGAAGGAUAUAAACUGGUGUCCUUACAAAAUAAAAAUAGUUGGAGAGGCGGUUAAAAUCAGGAGAAAUCAGGUCGUCAGCCGUCGCACCCCUGGACUAAUGUUUGAUCAUUUAGUUUGAGUUUUAAAGGAGCAGUACGUACAUUUUAGUGGCGUCUGGCGGUGAGCAUCACAGGUUACAACCAGCUGAACGUGUCCCGGUUAGAAUUCCUUCAGCGUUCAGGAGCUGAAUUAUCAGCAGAUGUCUCCUCCUCAGUGCUUUUACGACGCCACUCAUAGCGGAGGUACUGCUGAUUAAGAAAACAUGAAUGUCUCUAUCUAGAGUCAGUGUUUGGUUUGUCCGUUCUGAGCUACUGUAGAAACAUGGUGGUACGUGUUGAUCUCUGUAGACGAGGACCUGCUCCCUGUGUAGAUAUAAAUGUCUCAUUCUGAGGGAACGCAAACACAGCUGAUUAUACACUAAUGUCGGGAUCAGACUACACAGUAUCAGUCUGGUUAAAGCUCAAUGCGGCGCCGUACGGCGUCGCAAUAAUAAGCGUCAUACGUGACAAUCCAAGAUUUCAUCUGGUGUAGUGCGUCACAGUAGACGACAACCGACGCCAGGUCUGGGACACCUCAGGACGUCCCAACAGAAAGUCUAACAUGUUUGAUUUCCUUUUGGUCAUUCGCAACUUCUCCCGUCACAGCCGUCACUUUGACCAAUAGGAACACAGAGCAAUCCACCAUAUGACACUUUUUACGUAAGAAUAAUAACAUGACACUUUAUACAUAACAGUAACAUGCUGCUUUUUGCGUUACUAUAGCAACAUGACACUUUUUACGUAAGAUGACGCUUUUUACAUCACCACAGUGUGAACAGCCCUGUAGACUGAAAUAAUACUAAUAAUAGUAAUAAUAAUAAUAAUAAUAAUAAACAAUAGGACAAAAGUCACGGCAAGAUUUUAUGACUCCACCAUCACCUGAUCUCACACAGUGACUGUUGUGUAGAAAAAAAAAUUCCCCAAAAAUUUAAUUGUGUGAAAAUACACAUUAACAUGAACAUGUUAUUAGCAGAGAUAAAACCACCUAUUUAUUAUAAAAAGCAACGUAAUUUACAGAACACAUUAAUGACAGAGUGACCGUUAGCCUCGGGCUAUCCUGUGAGCUAGCUAAAGCUAAAUCACUGUGCAGCACUUAUGAUGGUGAGGUGAACUUGUUAGCUGAUAGUUGCGUACUACUGAAACAUAUAAGCCUGUUAGCUUUAGCAUUAUUCCAGGUGUUCCAGCAGGAGACUCUGAAACAGCGUCCGAGGCUAACGCGACCCGCUGUGCUACAUCAGCUUGUUUUCCAUGUUUCUGGCACUCGCGAGCUUCCGUACCUUCAGUUUGUUUUUCUUCUGUGCGGUGUCGCUGAUUGAAUGUUGGCUCAUUGCCUUCCUCACAGCUCUCUGAUUGUGACGCUCACCGAGCACCGUCAUCACUGAUUGAUCCACUGAUGAUUGAUUGAUUGAUUGAUUGAUUGAUUGACUGCAGGCUGUCAGAGUCCUGAUUUUAAAACCUGAGCAGAUUUUCUUUGUUUCCUCAGCAGUGCUUCGUGUUCUCAGAGGAGGUGAAAGUAUUGAUCACAUAUUGAUCGGUUUGUAUUAAAGUGUCAGACUGUGAUCAGUAUUGAUCUGACCUGGUUUCAUCAUCAGUUAAUUGAUCGCUUAGUCUUCAAAGCCGACAGCAGGCAGCAUCAUAAUUAUAUUUUUAAUCCCGUUAAUUUGAGAGCACAAAUUAAUAAUCUAUCAAACAGAGUACUGAUCCAGACUGAGGCUUCAUGUGAUAACCCUUCAAUCACUGCUGUCAGAGUGCAUGAUGGGACACAGACGAUGUCAGCUGAUGAUGGAGAGCAGAACAGGAAACAGAUUGUUUCAUAUUUUACACCUUCAGAAAUAAUCAGGUACUUGAUGCCGGAGGCAGAAUAAUUGCAGGAUGUCCGUCUGUCCUGAACACAAUAUCUGAAGAACACCUUGAGAGAAUUAUUUUCAAAUUUGGCACAAAAAUCCAUUAUGAGUCAAGGACAAACUGAUUAGAAGUUAGGGGUCAAAGGUCAUUGUGACCAUUCUCAUGAAUGUGAUAUUUCAAAAUGGCCUUGAGGGAAUUGCUAUGAAUUUGGCACAAACGUCCACUUUUCUGUGGUCAAAGGUCACUGCGUCCUUAUCUGGCUCCUCCUUCUGAACGGGAUAUUUCAAGAACACCAUGAGAGAUUUUUUCAAAUUUGGCACAAAUGUCAUUUUGAGUCAAAUUGAUUAGAUUUUUGGAGUCAAAGGUCACUAUGACCUUACAGUUUCGUAGAUGUAGGCCUUUGUUCCAGGAAGAAAUUUCCUUCAAUUUGGCACAAACGUUCACUUGGGCCCAAGAAUGAACUGAUCAGAAUUUAGACUCCAUGAAAAAUGUUUUUGGCUUAAACUCAAAAAUUCACCUGCAAAUUAUGAUGGAUAAAAUAAUGAAGGUGAAAAGGUCAAAGGUCAGCUUGACUGUGACAUCAUCAUGUUUUAACGUCAUAUCUCAGGAACAGAAGGGGAGACAUUUGGUCAGAUACUGAAGUGGUGACUCUAAUCUUGAAACUGUGCUGAUUGUAUAGAUCUUCUGUGUGUGAAGCAUCCAUGUUUUCACUGACACUGAUGGAGACUGGAACUGCGACACAACCACGAGGCGUUAGUUAUAGUUAGGUCGUGGUCGAACUAACCAGGCUAACAGUUUCCCUUUGCCCACAGUGUUUGUGCUAAGCUAAGUUAGCCGCAGCCUGGAUUGCAGCGAGAGUUUAAAUAUUCAGAUAACACAGGUAACUAAAAACCUGUGUGUGUGUGUUGAAUGUAAAUUAAACAUGGAGGACGGUGGUUUGCUCCUUAAACUGCAGCCUGUUUGUUCUCAGCUGAUAAAUUAUUUAAAAACAUUUUCUUCUGUGUGACGCCAGAAAGUCCCACAAACACAAACACACCAUCUUCCUGCUCUUCCUCCUCCUGGUCCUUUCCUCUCUCCUCCCCAUCUGCCUCCUCUCCUCCUCUUCUCUCCUCCCUGUCUUCCUCUCUUCCUUCUCCCCCUCCUCUUUCUCCUCCUGGUUCUUCGUCCUCGGCUGUAAUUAUUAGCAGAACGAGCGGCUGCAUUAAAUUAUUAACGUUUUAUUAUCGUCAGAAAUGGGUCGCUAAUACUUUAAAGUGUGUUAGAGUGUGUGUGUGUGUGUGUGUGUGUGUGUGUGUGUGUGUGUGUAAAUGUAAGUGUUUAAUAUUUCAUGCGAGUCAUCAGACGUUCAGGAGACGAAGAGAGAACAGGAAGUCAGAGAGAGAGAGAAAGAGUGUGUGUGUGUGUGUGUGUGUGUGUGUGUGUGUGUGUUGGAGUGAUGCACUCUGGGUAUAAAUAGACGUUACAUCUGGACUCGUACAACUUUAAUGACUCUUCUUCUUCAUGAAUAUAAUUGGAGACGUCGACCUGCUGCCUUGUCUCAGCCAAGGUCACCCUCCUCCUCCUCCUCCUUCUUUUUCCUACUUUUUUCUUCCUCCCUCACUUCUUCUCAUCUUCCUCAUCUUGCUUUCCUCCAUGUCUUCAUCCUCUGUCCACCAUUUCCUCCUCCUUUUCUUUUGUCUUUCCUCUGUCACACUCUUCUCUCCUCCUCCUCCUCUUCUGCCUCCUCCUCUUUUCAGCUCUGAUGAUACUCCUGAUUAAAAUCACCAUGUCACAUGAUCUUCAUCAGGUCAUGUCGUUCCUCCACUGACAAACAUGACGCUCACACGCUGUUGAUAAAGACCAUGUGGCACAGCUGAAAGCUCUUCUUAUCUCUGCAGGGCCGCCUGCAGUAACAUUACUGAUCAUUAAUGACCUUUUAUUAACGACUUAUGAACGUCGACAGCGGCGAUGCUGUUGGUUUAUUAGAAAGUACAAAGAACAUUAUUUACGUCUCUUCACUUAAGUCAUCAGUGCCUGAUAAUGUCCGAUUAACGUACCUGCAGAUUAUUCAUGUUAUUAUAGCUUUAUUAAAGGACAACUUUGGUAUUUUUCAACCUGGGCUCUAUUUCCCCAUGUGUAUGUGUGCGUAUG